CACAUUAGUUGCGAUUUCAAAAUGGCGUCCUUGCCAACCGAUAUGGUUUGUCAAAGUUUCAUCUCCUUUUCUCGAAUCUGUGACUUCAUUUAUUAACAAAAGACGGUUUCUGCAUGAUGGCAAACACGAGGCCACAAAAACUAUCAACAAAUAAGUCAGGAAGCAAUUCGGUAUGUUCUUGUUUCGGUGAUAUUCAAAUUUGUAACAUUUUACAUUUAGAAGAAUCUUCAAAACUGAAAAAGUCAUCAAUCUGUAUCCAUGAACUAUUUUCAGUCAAGUGUGGCUCUUGCUGCUGUAGCUCUUCAAGACCAUAUGACUCGCUCCCUUUCCCUCCAAGAUCCAUUCAAGAAAAAGAAAAUCAACCAUAGUUUACCAACUGCAUCCAAAAAGAGGACAACCAAGGCCGUUGUAAACCGUGAUGCCAAAGACGAUCAGGACAAGAAAGAGUAUGUUCUCGAUCCAAAACCACCACCCCUUACCCUAGGUAUGACUGAAUAUUGAUGUAUACCACAGGUCACCCAAGCUGGCACAACCAGCCUACACAAAUAUGUAAAUGUAUUUAAAUUGUGCACUUAUAUAUAAUAGGCAACAUAUUAACUCCUUUUAGUAAAGCAAACUAAACUGGCUUUUUUCUUCACUUCCUCUGAAUUAUGUGAGUUUUCUCGAUUGAUUUAUAACUAUUAGGUCUGUUUUAGUUUCCCUGCCUUGUCAUUUGCCCUUUGCCCUUUGCUUUGGACAGAAACAUAGGCAUGUAAGAGUGUUCACAACUUUACUUGUUUACUGAGGCUCAGUGAGUAAGCUUGGAUUUCCUGUGCAUACUUAUACUACUAGGACAUUCUGAGUCCACAACAGGUGUCUUAUUCACUCAAACAAUAUCUUAUGACACUUCAUGGGUAAAGCUGGUAACUAGUUUAUUGUCUCUCGAUGUUGGCAUGGAGUUCAACCUAUGCUCGUGUAAGAUCACCUCAAAGCCAUAAAUGUAUAUAGCAAGGACUGGCCACUAUACAUGUACCUCACACCUGAGAAUUACACACACUACAUCAUCUUUAACAAGCAUGAAAUGAAGUUAUUCUUGAAGUGCCCCAAAAGCUGGCAAUCCACAGGAUUGUGCUUUUGUUAAGGUGUUACAUGUACUUGCUACUGUAGCUAAUUGAUUUUACAUUUGAAUUACUGAGAACUUGUUGCUGAGUCGGCAAGAAUUCCAAAUAAAGUUGACAUCUAGUAAUGGCAACAAAUUUCUUAGCUCAGAAACUUGGCCUUGUUGAGGCUCCAGGACUUCUUCUGACGGACAAAGAGUGGAAAGAGGUUAAGAAGAAAUCCAAUGAAAGACAAGAUUCUAGUCAGCCAUGUGUAAUCUGCAAAGAAGACUUUGGUUUACAACAGCAGGUAAUGUGUGUUAUUUCCUAGGUGAACCAUGCUAUAAUGUAUUACACAGACUGUCACAGACGUACAUGUUGACAAUCUCAUUCAUACAUUUAUUUAAUACUUAUUGUAAGUUAUAAUUAUCUUAUAACUUUUCUCUUUGACAGAGUACAUGUUUUACAAUAAUUAAGAGUCUUAGCACUUUAGAAAUAUAAAGGUACUCUCUGAUACUAAUUUAUAAUCAGAAGGAACAAAGGUGAUAGGAAAGAUGCCACAGUUUUUGAGACUAUAAGUUUUGCAAGAACUAUGACAAGCCAAAUCUAAUUGCUGAAGAGUUUGUAAGCAAACUUUUGUCUUAAUUUUAUAUGCUCCUAAAAAAUUUAUUGUAGUAUUUCAUAGUUGUGAUACACUGACUUCUUAUCCCUGAAGCAUUUUGGAAUUUAAACCUGCUGUUUUUCUUAACCCUUUAAUUCCCAGAAGUGAUUAACAUGAAACUUCUCCCUUUAAUAUCCAUACAUUUUUCAGCAAACAGGUAAUGAGAAUAUUCAAACUUAUCUGAUAGAAGCUGUUAUCUUGAUCUAGCACCAAGCUCUCAUAACUAAUUUACAAGGAAAUGUGUUGCAGCUAGAGGGGAGAAUUAACAAUCAGAUCUUGGGAGUUAAAGAGUUAAACUUUAUGCCAUAGAGUUUUGCUUCAUGUAUGAUUACUUGAUGAUAUCUAAUAUAGUUGAAAUGGGCAACAUAUUAAAAAUGUACAUUUUCUUGAAUUUCAGGUUUUGUUGUCAUGCAGUCAUGUUUUUCAUAGGGUAGGUUUUGAGAAUAUUGCAAUCACAUGAAGCUUUAUAUGAAUAUUAUUUUUAUUACACAUGCAAAAACUGAGCUUGUAUUUUCCUUUAAAAAAUUUUGGAAUGUUCAUCUAAAGAUACACUGAAGGUAUUUCACAGAGAAAAUCAAGAAAGUGUCAAAACCAGAAAUAUUAUUUUGCAAAUGUUUUUGUGAGACUCAAGGUAAAGCCAGUCAGGCAUGAAUAAACUACAUGUUAACAUCAGGUUCAUGAAUGUCGAAGGAAUUGUAGUAUACUAAUAUUUACCUUAAUUAUGCCUUUUAGACUUGUCUUGAAGCAUUUGAAAAGUUUUCUGGGCGCAAAUCUUGUCCCAUGUGUAGAAAAGAACAGUACCAAAGAAGGAUUAUCCAUGAAGGUGCCAAGGAGUACAGAGAGAAAUGUGCAACAAAGUACUUGUUUGAUCUCACAUAGUAAUGGCUUCAGCACCUCAGUCUUUGCAUUCUGAGCAGGUUUUUAGUGACGGAUUGACAGUUUGAUCCCUCUGAUGGUCACUUGACAAAAAAUCUUUUUCAAUGUGCUCACACAUGACUCAUCAGAAUUCUAAGCAAAUGGUAGAAACCAAACAACUUCUGGAGAUGGUGCAAGUGCAGACACUAUGGUCACUGCUGAAUUCUGUUCAGAAAUUCCAAAUGAAGGCUUCCACAGCCGUUAUUUUAGCACAAGAUUUACCUUAACCUUUCAAGGUUUUCAGCACUAUGAUGUCCUCUGCACUCAUCAAUCGCCCAAAAAAACAUUUUUGGAACAUACUUCUCCUUUAAAUUCAAAUACUAUGUAUUGAUUCGUUCAUUUUACUCAUUUAUCACAGAAACUUGUAUAAUAUUUAUUUAACAUAACCUUUUUCAUUCAGUCUCAGUACUAACUGUCUUGCUUUUGAUCACCAAUCAGGAUACAGUCUGCCUGGCGUGGCUACAUUGUGCGGCAGUGGUACAAGAGGUUAAGGCAAACAGUGCCACCAAAAGACCCCAAACUUAGAAAGAAGUUUUACGAAAACAAGGUAUUUACCUGUUACUUCGUGUUUUUUGGAAUUUAUUUAACCGAAUUGUGCCAUCAAUAGAUAGACCCCAUCAGUCAGUGUUUCUCUCCCUCUAAUUCACGCCAAUUCAUCCUUGAUAGUGACGAAACAAUUAAGCUACAACAUUUUGCCUCACUCUCAAUAUGCACCUGUUUUGUUCAAUUUGUCGUGCAGGGAAAAUUAUUUAGAAUAGACAGGAACACAAAAGGCCCAGGCUGCUUUUUUCACCUUUCAUUUACGCAAACAGAAGUCCGUUUAUAUAUCAAACGGAUUUUAAAAUUUAGUCAUUUAGGAUGGUUUUUUAACGUCUCUGCAAUAUUCUUAUUCCAGUUUCAAGAUAUCACCGACCGUCUCCUUCAAUCAAUGGAAGCUAGUAACCAGAGUGUUGAUAAUCUGUUGUUGGAGAUCGACCAAUCCAUAGCCGCUAGUCGUGACACGAUGAGGUAUGCACACAACUCAGAUGUAAAGUGCCCACCCCAUCCCUCCCUUUUUUCUGCCCCCCCUCCCCCCCCCAGCUCGAACCGACUUCAUAUGUGGAACCUCUCGCAAACUUACCUACUUUGUUAUUAAUUUUACUGCUUUUAGUUUUAUCUUAUGGAAGGCGUUUAUUAAUUCCCUAGACAAUUGAACGAAAACAGUGAAGACACAUCAACCGAGACAGACUGGGAUCAAGUCCAACUUCAAGUAUGUUCAAUCAGUAAAAGUGUCCGGUCUCUCUCCUGCUCGAUAGAGCGUAACGGAUGUCAUUUUUGCCCUUUGUUGUUAUUGCUGGUCAACCGCUCUCUGUUCAACCUUCAAACCCGGAGAGUGACCUGCAUCUAAUUUCUCGUUUCAGUAAUACUACUGAAUCAUUCAUUAAGAUCAUGAGAAUAACGAAAGUGAUCACCAACCUGAGAAGUUUUUCAAGUGUUAAGGAAUUCUCUAUGUCAAUACCAAAGGAAAUGUAUCGAGAAGAAUAUUGAUGCUGAUAUUAGGUUUAACGCUCGUUUUUUCCACUCUCAGGCCGUUCAGAGAAGUGUCACUGACUGUCCGAUCUGUAUCAUGCCACUCACUGACCAAGGACUGUACCGGAAAAACUCUUCAUCGCGGCCCACUGUUCUUCUGUCUUGUUCACACGUGUUCCAUGCCACAUGUCUGCAGGCUUUUGAAGAAUUUUCCUUUGAAAAACGCCGCGUGUGUCCUGUUUGUCGGUCUUCUUACCACAAGAAGAUAAUGUAGAGGCCAUAAAAAGGAAACUCUUUAACACAGGACGAUCAUAGACUCUAGGAAAUAACUUGUAUAACUUGGAGAGGACGUUUAGAACAAUUUCUCGUAUUAAAUUAUUUUAUAGUAAACGCAGGACUUAAUGUCACUUUUGAAUGGUUCCCCACUAUAAUACUACGCAGUC